CUAACUUGUGCAGAAGCAAAAUGACAACAAGUUGUAGAACUAAUGAGAAUAAAAAAUAAUAAUAAUCAAAUCUGUUAUCCAAUAGGCUGUUCUCUAAAAGGAUACAUUUCUGUUGUUUAAGGUUUUAGUUUAUUUGUUUUCCUGGAACAUGUUUGAAUUAUGCCUCAGCAACCUACUACAAAGGAGACUUUAGACAGUGCAAUAGCCUUCAACAUAAACUGCAGAUGUACUGUGUUGCACUGAUAUAUAGAUCUGUUGUUUCUUCAAAAGCUUUAACUCAUGUUUUGGUAUUUGGAAGUUUUUAAUACAUACCAUUUAGUUGGUUAGUUAAUUUUUAAAUGAGAACGUGUGUACUAUUUUGUACACAUUUUGGAAAACAAUUAGGUUUUAAAACUACAGCCACAUAACGCGAAUCCUAAACUUAGAUAAAAAGCCCAAGUGUUUCCCCAGUCCUGUUAGGUCUUGGACCAGCAUGAAAGCUGGAGAAUUAAGAAUGGAGAUGUCUCGGCUCAGAGUUACUUUCUUUCUUCAGGUGUUCGUGAUUAUAUUUUGGAAUUUUUUCCUGACACCGGGAGCUCAGCUUGACACACAUCUCCACGACUACUACGACGAGAACGUCAUUGAUCUACUGGAAGCCCUGAACAUCACUAGGUCUAUUAAGGGUGUUAGCAAGGCUAAGGGCUUGGAAUCUGGAAUUCCAGCCUGGAAGUUUCGCCAGAGGGUGCCCCACUUGACUCUUCCACGGGAUUACUCCAUAUACUUCCUCAGCACCAUGCAGGGAUCAAUCGGCUUCCACUUCGUGGCACAGCAGGCCAAGAACUCAGACAGCACUCUCAUCUCCUUCAUCUCCCCCACUGCCAUGAAAAAAGACGGGCACCCUCUCCUCCAGCUGGUCUCUAGCACCAGGUCCAACCAGCUGCGUCUGGAGUACAGGGCAGUCCACAGCAUGGAGCCUGCCACCAUUCUCUUCCCAGGGGGCACGCCUUUCUCCAAUAGCAAGUGGGCCCGCAUGGCCUUUAACCUGGAAGCCCAUAAGAUCACCCUCUUUAUCGACUGUGAGGAGUCUAUCAUAUUUGAGAAAAACCAGGGAGAAGAUGUCCUCAGUCUCAUCUUUCCAAUAGAUCUUGAAAUCACCUUUGCAAGUAUGCCAGGAAACAAGGCCAGCAAGUUCUUGGGAUACUGGCAAACAGCAGAGAUCUCUCCAAGUGGAUUCCUCAGACGCCCAUGGCAAUGUGAAAACCUGUCAGAUUCAUUGCCAUAUUCCCUGGCUGAGGAAAGAUCUGUUGACUCCCAGCUGGAAGCGCCUCUGAUAACAGAUCCCUCCCAACAUGUUGAGCACCAGUCUGAUUUUGCAAACUACCAACAGCAGCAAAGUGAGCCUGAGAAUUCACCACAGGGACCCAGGCCUCAACCCCAAGCCCAGGAUGAGCGUCUUAGGAGACUGGAGGAGGCCGUGGAUACCCUCAGCAUGAUGCUGGAUAUGGUCAAGGCCCAGAACACAGACCUGGUGGCUCGUGUGAAGUACCUUGAGACCUGCGAGUGUAGGAGGCUCACGUGCUCCUGGGAGGGGCGAGAGUACGAGGAGGGGAGUAGGUGGGACAAGGACCGGUGCACAGUCUGCUUGUGUGUGAAGGGUGAAGUGCGAUGCUCUGUAGGGGGCGAGUGUGCCGAUCCAUGUGUUUCCAAUCCUUGCCUAAAUGGAGGUGUUUGCCAACCGUUGACCUCUGACUCUGAGCAGCACCCCUCAGGAUUUAGAUGCAAAUGCCCACCUACUUCUACAGGGCGAUUGUGUGAAAAGCCAAUGAUUCAGGCUUGCUCAUUGCCAAAGAUGGUGGGCCAUUGUACAAGUGCCAGGGAACCAAGAAGGCGUUGGUUUUACAAUGCCCUUUCAGGAGCUUGCGAGGAGUUCACCUACACUGGCUGCCGGGGCAACAGCAACAACUUUGAGAGCUUAGAUGCCUGCCAACAACGUUGCUUGCUCGGGGCUUGCUGUUUCCGGGAGCCUAGAGUUCCAGAGGCCCAGCUGGGUUUCGACCGGGAAGGCUAUGACCGAUAUGGUUACAAUAUGUCUGACCUGGAUCGCACUGGGAGAAAAAGACUGGCUGUUAACCAGGACCGGUCUGGACCUGCUUUGUUUGGUCCCAAUGGCCAGGUCUUCAGCGGACUUAGUGAUGGGAAGCGGUUUGAUAAGUAUGGGUUUGACCAGCAGGGAUAUGGCCGAGAUGGAUUCCAUAGGAAUUCUGGUUUUAACUUGACAGGAUUCAACCGGAAUGGGGAGUUUGACCGUCGUUAUGAAUUUAACUUGGAAGGUUACAACCGGCAGGGUCUCAAUCGAGCCGGCUUUGACUGCAGUGGACUGGACACUGAAGGGUUUAGCUAUUUGGGACUGUGUGCUGGAUUCAUCUACCAGUGCGAGCAGCUGCUUCUCUCUGACUGUCAGCAACUGAACAAGGACAACCACAGGAGAGAGGUGGUUAGUUUCUCACCCGGGAAGCAAUGCAACGAUAUAGUUUGCGGAGAAGGGUGUGGCUGCUCAUUUAAUGGACAAACCUACCAGUUUGGGGAAUCCUUUGAAUACAGCUGUGAAGUCUGCCUCUGUACUUACACUGGUGCAGUGGAGUGCAGCUGCCGGCACCUGAACCAGCGCAAGGAAGUUCGAGACAUGACACUGAAAGAGAGGCGGCUUUACCAGCAGGCACUGCAGAGUCUUUAUUCCAAACAAGGUACUUGGGAAGACUUUGCUAAGAUAAGGGCGGAAUAUGCUCCUCAGGCCAAUGGACAGUACUCUUUCCUCCCUUGGCAUCGCUACUUCUUGAAAAUGGUAGAGAGGGAGCUACAGAAGGGUUCAUCCUGUGAAAUCUAUAUUCCAUACUUUGAAUGGACCAUAGAUGCCGGGUCUAUGGAGACCUCUGCAAUAUGGCAGGCUAACUUCUUUGGUGGCAAUGGGGACCAACAGACAAACUGUGUUGCGUAUCAUCCUUUUCAGCAUGACAAUGUUUGGUCACCUUGCCUUCGCAGGAGGUUCAACACAUCGGUCAUAUUACCUGAUGUCAUAAACAUCCAACUUAUUCUGGCUGAGGAGGAUUUUAAACAGUUCUCUUUACAGAUCGAGACAGUGUCAGGGCUCUUCCACCUCUGGGUAGGAGGACAUAUGGCAUCCCCAUUCUGCCCCUACGAUCCCAUAUUCCUGUCUCAUUACGCCUUCAUGGAUAAGCUGUGGAUGCACUGGCAGGAGCGUAGUUUUGAUGGACUCCCCCGAUACCCUUUGCAACUGAGAUAUGUAAAAAUGAAACCCUUUGAAGUGGCUCCAGAUGAUGUUUUACACUCCAAGCAUCAGCUCUGCACCAUUUAUGUGCCAGUAACUCUUGGUGCCCCAUGUAACCUUACCACCUCACCAACAAUAUCUGGAUUUGACAGUGAAGGGUACAAUAGGCAUGGCUUUGAUUCUGAGGGCUACGACCGAGAUGGCUACAACAGAUAUGGUAUAAACCGAAGAGGAGAGAAUGAUCACCUUGGAAUAUAUGAUAAGAAUGGAUACAACAAACAAGGUUAUGACCGAAGUGGCUUUGACCAGAUGGGCUGGGAUCAGUAUGGCUAUGGAAGAGACAACUUUGACCGUGACAACUUUGAUGCUGAAGGGUAUGACAUUUCUGGGUACAAUCGGUAUGGAUACAAUAGAUCCGAAGUGACUCCAUUUGGGAUGAGAAGGGAUGGCACUAUCCUUCCUCAUAUAAGAGGAGAGGUCAUAGAUCAGAUGUUUGAGAGUGGAUAUAACGUCUAUGGCUUUGACAAAUUUGGCUUGGACAGCAGUGGAUUUGAUGUGUUUGGAUUCCACAUCGAUGGAUAUGAUAAGGACAGCUGUAACUAUUUUUAUCACGGACCUCACUACACAAGGUUCUACUUCUUUAUUCAGCUUCAGAUAACUAUGAUUGGAACUGACAUUUUGUCAAAUAUUAAGCGGAUUUGUCCCCAGAUAACUCCUUUGCCAGAAUGGUGGCUCAUUCAAAAUUGGAUGAAUGUUGAUGUUCAGGAAACUGUCACAAUGAUCCGCCACAUUGAACAGAAAUGGGCCACGCAGCACCCAUUUGACAGUGGGUAUAUUCCCAACAUCUCCUCGGUGCAAGAAAAUGGUCUAUGGCUUCCAAUCACCCCUGACCUCAGAUUUUGCUUUGAGUUGCACUGGUUUUCAGGGUGCCCAAUAGGUACAGCCCCUGUGACUUGCCCAGACCUUUGCACUAAUGCCCAGUGCGAGGGCUACCAGGAAGCAGAGUGCCGAGUCCAUAACUGUGGAUCUUGCUUUACCGAGUGGUAUGACAGAGCAACGGGCAGCCAUGUCAUGUGUCAGGGUUGCAGCUACAAAGGCAACAUCUAUAACAAUGAAGAAUCGUUCAACUACGACGAAUGCACAACAUGUGUGUGUCUGAGUGGAGAUGUGACAUGUACAGCAGUCCAGUGCAACAGAGUGACUUGCAGCAACCCAGUGAAGAGAUCCGGGGAGUGCUGUCCAGUGUGUUUGGAAGACUGUGUAGAUGGAUGGAGAAAUGGAGAAAGCUGGAAGCCUGACCCCUGUAGUAACUGCACCUGUGAGAACGGUAGAGUUCAGUGCAUCGAUCAGGAAUGCCCCCCCACAAACUGCCAACACCCCAUCAUUCCAAGGGACACGUGCUGCCCUGAAUGUGCUGGCUGUGUGUACAAUGGGAAGAGGCUGAGGAACGGCCAGAGCUUCCAGUCAGACCGCUGCACCAAGUGCACUUGCAGGAAUGGCAACGUGCAGUGCCUGAGUGUCCGAUGCCCGGACUUGCCGUGCUUGGAUCAGGAUGUGCCUCCUGGGGAGUGCUGUCCUGUCUGUCGUCCAGGCUGUGAAUAUGAAGGAGGAAUGUAUGACAAUGGAGUCAUCUUCUUAUCCCGAACCAACCCCUGUAUGAACUGCUCAUGUCUGGACAGCUUGGUCAGGUGUUCCCCGGUGCAGUGUCAGCCCGUCUCGUGUGAGAAUCCUUUCCAGAAGCCUGGUCAAUGUUGUCCCUCCUGCCCAGCUUGUGAGCUAGACGGGAGAGCUUAUGACCAUGAACAGCCUUUCACCACGCUGGAUGGCUGUCAAAAAUGUACAUGCAUGAAUGGUAAACCAUCAUGCGUAGAUAUCCAGCAAUGUCCUCACACCUGUACCCAUGGAGUUAAGACCCCAUACGGCCCCUGUUGCAGAGACUGCUCCAGCUGUGAUUUCCAUGGGCAGCUGAUACCCAACGGGAUGUCUUUUGUGACCAAUGCAGAUGUGUGUGAGCGCUGCUUGUGUACAAAUGGGAAUGUUGUGUGCUCAAGGAUCGCCUGCCCUCCUCUUGACUGCACUGCCUUUGAAAGAGUGCCAGAGGAAUGCUGCCCCAAAUGCAGAGGUUGUGUACAUGUUGGCAUUCGACACGAGCACAAAUCAGAGUGGAAGUUACCAGACAGCCCCUGUAAUAUCUGCAGAUGUUUGGAGGGACAAGUUCUGUGUGAGAAUGAGAGGUGUAACACCCCAUGUAGAAAUCCUGCCAAGCCCACGGCAGGAUCUUGCUGCCCUAGCUGUGAUGGUUGCCAUUUGAAUGGACAGGAGUAUGUGAAUGGAGACAGAGUGUCUAAUGGAGACCGCUGUGCAGAGUGCACAUGUGUGAAUGGUAAUAUCCACUGUAACCCUGUCGUGUGCCUACCAGUGCAAUGCAGGAAUCCUGUUCAGCAGCCUGGAGACUGCUGCCCACGCUGUGAGGAGUGUGAAUAUGAUUCGAAGACGUUUGUUGAUGGCCAGUCCUUCAUCUCAACCGUUAACCCCUGCCUGAACUGCAGGUGUUCGGCAGGUCGGGUGUCCUGUGAGCGCUUGGACCCCAAUUGCCCUCCUAUUAGAUGCAGCCAUCCAGCCAAACAGAUAGGACAGUGCUGCCCCAGCUGUGACAUGUGUGAGUAUGAGAGACGGAUAUACACCAGUGGACCGGUGUUCACCCCCCCAGGAAGCAGCCCCUGUCUGCAGUGCACUUGCACGGAUGGAAACGUGCGGUGCCAAGAAGAGGUGUGCCCACCUGUUCAGUGCUCUAACCCUGUGAUUGACCCUCAACAUUGCUGUCCAAUCUGCAAAGUGUGUGUCCUGAAUGGAGUGGAGUUCGAGGAUGGGACAGACUGGGAGCCUGAUGAAGACCCUUGCAGCACUUGUGUCUGCACUAAUGGGGAGCCAGUCUGCCGAGUCUCACCCUGCCCGCGCAUCACUUGCCUGCAACCUACUAAAAUGAAUAGUGACUGCUGUGCAGUGUGUGACAGGUGUACCUAUAACCAGCGCAUAUACAACAAUGGACAAGACUUCAUAGACCCAGAUAGACCCUGCCAAAACUGCAGGUGUCAGGAUGGUACUGUGAACUGUAUCCCCACAGUGUGCUCUCCAGUGACCUGCUCCAGACCUGAGGUGAAACCCGGACAGUGCUGCCCCAAGUGUCCAGACUGUGUGUUUGAAAACCGUGUGCUUGUGAAUGGAGAAGAAUUCCCUAACCCUCUGAAUCCCUGCCAGAGGUGUGUGUGUUAUAAUGGCCAUGUGAACUGUGAGGACCAUACCUGUCCUGGCGCCAUCUGCACAUACCCACUGCCUGGAUCCUGCUGCAAAAACAACUGCAAUGGUUGUAACUAUGCAGGAAAAGAAUAUCCAAAUGGAGCAGAAUUUCCACAUCCUACAGACAAAUGCAAAGACUGUCAUUGUAUAAAUGGUAAUGUUCAAUGUCUGUCAAAGAGGUGCCCCCCACUGCUGUGUAGCAAUCCGUUCCUGACACCCGGCGAGUGCUGCCCCCAGUGUCCCGCCCCUCCAGCUGAGUGUCUGUAUGCUGGACUCCCCUACAAACACAUGGAGCGUUUCUAUGACCCAUCUGAAAAGUGCCGCUCCUGUAUCUGCAAUAACGGGACCAUCACCUGCCAGCGCAGGCCCUGCGCCCCCAUCCUGUGUGCCAACCCCAUUGUACAGGACUGCUGUCGCACUUGUGAUGGCUGCUGGUAUGGUGGUAAAGAGCUGGCUAACGGGGAGCAGUUUGCGGACGUCUCGGAUGCCUGCAGAUUGUGUUUGUGUCGGGAAGGCACAGUGUCCUGUGAGAGGAGAGCAUGCCCUGCUGUGAGCUGCCCAUUCCCUGUGCAGGCACAGUGCUGCCAGGCUUGUGAAGGAUGUAAUUACCUGGGUCAAGAGUACCUGAAUGGCCAGGAGUUCACUGAUCCUCAGAACCAGUGUAAGCGCUGCACUUGUAUGAGUGGAUUUGUGAACUGCAAUCCCAAACCAUGUUAUAACCCAGGCUGUACCCAUCCCAUUUCCCUUCCUGGAAAGUGCUGCCCAGUCUGUGAAGGGUGUUUCUAUAAUGGGGUUGUUAUCAUCAAUGGACAGACAUUCCUCGAUUCUGCUGACUCCUGCUCCCAGUGUACCUGCAGGUCUGGCUCUGUUCAGUGCAUAAAGAGACUGUGUUCUCCGGCUCCUUGUUCUCACCCUGUUGUUGGACCAUGUGACUGCCCACUCUGUGAUGGGUGUUAUUUCCAAGGAAGGGACUAUGUUGAUGGACAAACCUUUCAAGGUUCCAAAGGGGGGUGCCAAGAGUGCACAUGCUUUAAAGGUGAAGUGACAUGUGGAACAAAAAAGUGCAGUAAGGUCUCUUGUCCCCAUCCUGCAAUCGACACAUGCACCUGCCCUGUGUGUGAUGGAUGUAUUUUCAGAGGCAGAGACUGUAAAAAUGGCGAAAGGUUCCUGGAUCCGAAGAACAAAUGUCAGCGCUGCACUUGUCUGAAUGGUGGUGUCACAUGCAUAUCAGUAACCUGCCCCCCUGUGUCCUGUCAAAACCCUGCCACCCCUCCUGGAGAGUGCUGUCCUCAGUGUACAGGGAUCUGCCACUACCUGGGCCGGGUCUAUGAGACUGGAGCCACCUUCGACUCCCCUGCAGACAGCUGCUCGAAGUGUACAUGCAUUAAUGAGGUAGUGACUUGUCACAAGACGCCAUGCCCUCAGCAGUGUUCCCACCCAGUGCCCUCAUCUGCCUGCUGCCCAUCCUGUGACCGCUGCUUCUAUAAGGGUUUUGAAUUCAGCAACAGGCAGACCUUCCACUCGCCCUCAGACCCCUGCCAGCGCUGCAGCUGUCUCCAUGGAAACGUUGUGUGCACCACUGUGGUGUGCCCCCAGACAACUUGUAACAACCCCCUCACUAAACCAGGACAGUGCUGCCCCGAGUGCCCAGUGUGCUCAUAUUUUGGGAAGGAGUAUUCAGAGGGGGUUCAUUGGCCUUCAUCCACCAAUGACUGUCAAGAGUGCUUCUGUGUGCAAGGGGAGGUGAGAUGCUCAGAGGUGCGCUGUGACGUCACAUGCAGCUACCCCUCCCGCUUGCCCGGUCAGUGCUGUCCCCUAUGCCAGGACUGCUUCUUUGAGGGCGUGCUGUACAGUGAUGGAGAAGACUUCAAUCCAGACAACUGUAGGCAGUGCUCCUGCAAUGGUGGGAACGUUAAUUGUGGAAACACACUGUGCCCGAGACUGAACUGCAUGCACCAAGUGACGGACCCUGGCACCUGCUGCCCUCGCUGUAGAGGCUGUGUGUACAAUGGGAGGGAGUACACAGAUGGCAGCAGCUGGUUUGCAUCCACAACCCCCUGUAUGUCCUGUAUGUGUUUGGACGGAGUCACAACCUGUUCAGAGAUUCGUUGCGUCUCACCUUGUGUAAACCAGAUCCAUGUUCCAGAAGAGUGCUGCCCAGUGUGUGCAGAUUGUGUGUACAAUGGCAGAGUAUAUGGUCCAGGGGACAGCUUCCAGCCUGCCAACGAUCCAUGUGAGAUUUGUACUUGUGAGGUGAUGCCAGAUGGGGAGCAGCAUUUACGCUGUUACCGUAAGCAGUGUCCAAGCCUGGUGGACUGUCCCAAGAAUCACAUUCACUUUCCUGGAUCUGACCAAUGCUGUCCUACUUGUGCACAGCCACUGAGUAAUUGCACAGCCACUCUUGUUGGCAGUGAAGUCCAUGCUACAGAUGAUCCAUGUUAUACCUGUCAGUGUAAGGAUCUGACUUGGAUUUGUAUUCACCAAGGGUGUCUUCCUUUAAACUGUCCAAAUGCAGAGCAGUUCUUGCCUGUAGACUCCUGCUGCCCUAUCUGUGAUGAGUGUGUGAUUGAAGCUGAAAAUCGUCGUGUUUCUGAUGGCGAGAGCUGGACAGACAGUGUGGAUGAGUGCAUCACCUGUACAUGUAAUCUUGGUCACAUCGAGUGCCACAUUGAGGAAUGCACUGCAGUCAUUUGUCGGGACGGCCUGGUAAAAGUGAAAUCGCCAGGGAAAUGCUGUUAUGAAUGCCAAGACCCAGACAUCUCAUGCAUGUACCAGGGCACCCUGUACCAGUCCAAUGAGCACUGGGAAGUGGAUGAGUGCACAACCUGCACAUGUGUCUCAGGGGAGGUCCACUGCCAGACUGAACGCUGCCCACAGGUCUCCUGUGCAUCAGAUGAGACCCCAGCUCUGAUUCCUGGCAUGUGCUGUCCACACUGCAUUCCACGGCCGGCUACAUGCAUUGCAUUUGGAGACCCUCAUUAUCGCACUUUCGAUGGGAAAAUGAUCCACUUCCAGGGGGCCUGUACCUAUGUGUUGGCCGAGGACUGUGAAGGGGGAGAUUUCAGCAUUCAUGCAACCAAUGAUGACAGAGGUCGUAAAGGAGUCUCAUGGACUAAAGAAGUCACUGUACUGAUUGGGGAUGUUGUGGUGCAGUUACUACAAAACUGGGUUGUUGUGGUGGACUAUCAGACUGUGACUUUGCCUUUCCUCAAGGAGCCUUACAUAUACAUAGAACGCAAGACAAACACAAUUUUACUGAACACCAAUAUUGGAGUAAAGGUUUUAUGGGAUGGGAAGACCCACUUGGAAGUGAGUGUUCCAGGGACAUACAAAGGACACAUGUGUGGACUCUGUGGAAAUUUCAACAACUACCCCCAGGAUGACAUGAGGAUCCGCACUGGACAGAUUGUCUUAUCUGAAGCUGCCUUUGGAAACAGCUGGAAGGUGCAAGCUGAGAACCAAACCAAUGCACACUGUACUGAUGGAGAGGAUAUUGACCCGUGUAAGGAAGCGGGAUACCGUGCACGCAAGGAGGGCAAUGCUAAGUGCAAGAUCCUAAAGUCCAAGGUGUUUGAGCGCUGUCACAAUGUGGUCCUGCCAGAGAUGUUCUUCGCCUCCUGUGUUUAUGACCUAUGUGCCUGUGGAUCCAAUGGGGAUGACUGCUUGUGUGAUGCUCUGGAGGCCUAUGCUUCAGAAUGCAGGGAGUCCGGAGUCAUUCUGCAGUGGAGGUCACCUGCUCUCUGUGCUGUGGGCUGUCCCCAAGACCGUGGUUAUAUUUUCGAUGAGUGCGGCCCUCCUUGCCCCAAGACCUGUUUCAACAAAGACGUACCUCUGGGAGUGAUAGAGGCCCAUUGCUUCAAACCCUGUGUGCCAGGCUGCCAGUGCCCAGCAGGCUUAGUAGAGCAUGAAUCACACUGCAUCCAGCCAGAGGCCUGUCCCAAGAUUAUCUAUGGCAACAUCUGAGAAACAAAUACAAAUAAGGAAACCUCUUGCACUUUCAACCAUCACAAUAAUGGUGCUAUAACUUACCAACAUUGCACAGGAGGAAACCAGUUAUGACAUUAGAUUUUGUUUUUAUCUUGAAGUCCAUGGUACGUUAAUUAAGUAUUAUCAGUGCCCCUUUUCAUAGUGUUCUCCCUGUAUGAUCAAUGGAAUUUAAGCCAUGAAUGUGGAGAGUAUAUGCAGGUAUAGUAACUAUUAAUUUUGAGGGCUUUAGUCUUACAGCUACAACGGCUGGAAACAGGAGAAAAGUCUAUACAAUUGGGUUUCCAUAAAGCCUAUCUUUAAAUAUCUUAAAAGCUUUUGAUGCAUGAGUUUGAAAUAGAGCAUUAAUUGAGGUAGAGAUUUCAUAGAAUGAGCAGAAAUUGGCGCUUUAUUUCAUAACUCAUUUUAUUUCCAGAGCAGUUAGGGUUAAAUUUCACAGACAAUAGACUUUCUCAGGAUUCUCCGGGUAUAUUUCUGUGUUAAAGAUUCUUGCCCAAAAACAGGGACUGUAACUUGACAUAUAUUUGUUAUAUAAGCAAUUAUUUGUGAAUUGUUUUGUUCAUAUCUGGGUGAAAAAUAGUAUUGUCAAACCCUAAGAAGUAUAUUGAAUUUUGUGACAUUUUUAAGACCACUGUUUUUUUUUUUUUUUUACUCAAACAAAAAUCUUUU